AUGUCUCGUCUCGUGGACAACUGCCAGUUUUUGGCUUGGAACACCGACAACCUGAAAAAUCACAUGCAAACAAAACAUGAAUUAGGAGAAAAAAAUAGUGUCCAAUUUGCAAGAAAUAUGCGUGCGCCAACAACUCCAUGCUCAACUACCACACCACCUGACGAGCCACUCAGAAGUGAGUUUCACAAGUGCAAAACAUGUGGAGCUUCGUAUAAAUGUUUGUACCAGUUGAAACGACAUCUUACCAAGUAUCCAUCGCACGUUACAACCACAGAUUCGAGGUUUCAAGGCUCAAAAGCCCCAAAAACAGAAUUCUACAAAUAA